CGAUCGGGGAUACUGUUCAUCAGUUGAGUACAAAUAGAUGUUCGAUUCGCUUUAUUACAACGUCUUCUCCUCAGCCAUAUGGAGUUUCUCUACUCCAUAUUCAUCACCUCCAUUUUCUGCUUCUCUCUGAAGCUUGAAGCUACCGCCCAUGGAACCAGCCCCAGUUCCCUCCACACGAAUCAAAAUUCCUCACUCAUACACCAAAUUAUGGAGCUCGCCAGUGAUCCCAGUACUUCAAAUUGGAUAAAGACAAUAAGGAGAAAAAUCCACGAGAACCCAGAGCUUGCUUAUGAAGAAUUUGAAACCAGCAGGCUUAUUAGGCAGGAGCUUGAUCAUCUCGGCGUUGCUUACCGGUGGCCAGUCGCCGGUACCGGCGUAGUGGCUUCGGUCGGCUCUGGUUCUCCUCCCUUUGUCGCUCUAAGAGCAGAUAUGGAUGCUUUGCCUAUUGAGGUCAGGUUUGGUUUAUUUAAUCUUUCUUCCUCCGCCAUUAUGCUAUCUUCUGCUCGAUGAAAUGACUCGACCCAAUUGAUUCGUUCUUCUUCAUCUCCAUUUUUGGAACCGGCUUAAUGGGAAUAUGCAGUCUGUUCUCGUCAGUUUAAUCGUAAUUUUUUAUACAACUGACAAAAGUGGAUUAUAAAAUGGACCCCCGAAAGACUAUUUCAUCAAUGGGGGUGCAGAAUCAAAGUCUGGAAAAGAACUAAAUACGUCCAAACCAUGUCAGAAUUAUUAAUUUAACAAAUAAUUUAUGAACUAUUUCUGAAGUGGAAGAAGAAAGCGAGAAGCACUUUUAGUCAAAUAUG